CGGAGCAGAAGAGCGAAACAUGGCGACUUCGAACAAUCCGCGGAAAUUCAGCGAGAAAAUCGCUUUACAUAACCAGAAGCAGGCAGAGGAGACGGCGGCGUUUGAAGAAGUAAUGAAAGACCUCAGCAUUACCAGAGCAGCGAGGUUACAGUUGCAGAAGACUCAGUAUUUGCAGCUGGGACAGAAUCGUGGCCAGUACUAUGGAGGAUCUUUGCCAAAUGUCAAUCAGAUUGGAAACAGCACUGUCGAUGUGCCUUUUCAGAAUUCAGGGCUGGACACAAACCGAUCGACGCGACACCACGGGUUGGUGGACAGAGUCUACCGGGACCGGAGCCGCAUCACAUCCCCCCACCGAAAACCCCUGUCUAUUGACAAACACGGACGCCAGAUUGACAGCUGUCCAUAUGGCUCAGUAUAUCUGUCACCGCCACCUGAUACCAGCUGGAGGAGGACAAACUCUGACUCAGCACUGCACCAGAGCACAAUCACCACUGCCCAGCAGGCCUCUUUCACCGGAGGAUCACAGGAGCUCCAGCCAAAACGAGUUCUCCUGCUCACUGUACCGGGGUCUGAAGCAGUUAAACAAGAGGUUGAUGAAGAUGCACAAAUCCAGAACUGGGACUGUAAAAAGAACAUUUCAAGGUCCAAGCCCUGCAAAGUUCCCGGGAUCCACAUAUUCCCGUCUCCGGACCAGCAGCUGACCACUUCACUAAAACCAGCAGCCCACAACACUGGUGGUUCUCUGCCUGACCUGACCAAUAUCCAGUUCCCUCCUCCGCUGCCCACACCGCUCGACUCGGACGAGGCAGCAGCCGCCUCCUUCGGCUCCUCCAACAGCACGCAGAGCCUGGCUAACACGCAAGGAGUGAACACCUCUCAGCCCACAGUAACCAUGGAAAUGCAGUCUGGGCAGGACAACAUGGUUCCUCUUAUCCUGAAUGCAGGAGACUCCCACCAGCACCAGAACCUCCAGCUCUCCUCGACAUCUCCACCUCUCACUCUCUCUCAGGCGGCCAUCAACGCUAUGAACCUUGAGCAGCAGCUGUCCCAGUACGCCUUCUUCAACCAGCAGCCGUCGUCCCAGACUCACCAGAGCCAGCAACAGACAGGUCUGAUCCAGCUGCCGUCCUCCGUGAACUCCUGCUCCGCGUCAGACAACCACACGUCCUCACAAACCAACAUGACCAUGGACAUGAACACGGCGUCCUCCCUCCAACAGUACCGCAGUAGGGUCGGAUCCUCUGCCAAUCAGUCUCCAACCUCCCCUGUCUCCAAUCAAGGCUUCUCACCUGGAGGCUCGCCUCAACAUAACUCCAUACUGGGCAGCGUGUUCGCAGACUUCUACGACCAGCAGCUCCCAUCCAUCCAGGCCAGUGCCCUCUCUCAACAGUUGGAGCAGUUCAACAUGAUUGAAACCCCCAUCAGCUCUGACAGCUUGUACACCCAGACCUCCACCCUCAACUACUCCCAGGCGCUUAUGAUGGGUUUGACUGGUGGCCAUUGCAACCUUCAGGACUCACAGCAGCUGGGCUACAGUAACCAUGGCAACAUCCCCAACAUCAUUCUCACAGUGAGUGGAGAGUCUCCCCCCUGCCUGCCCAAGGACCUGACAGGCCCACUGUCCACCGAUGUCAGCUUUGAUGUCGACUCCCAGUUCCCGCUGGACGAUCUCAAAAUUGACCCACUGACGCUGGAUGGCCUGCACAUGCUCAACGACCCAGACAUGGUCCUCGCCGACCCCGCCACGGAGGACGCGUUUCGCCUCGACCGGCUCUAACCACCGCACAGCAUGCUCAUGCGCAGGUGUGUGAACGCUGUUGCCCCGGGCGGGGGGGUAGUGGAGGGGUAGGGGGAGGAGGUGAGAGUUUCUCAUCUGAAAGGAUAAAACUAGGAGGAGCAGAUUUCUGAAGUAUGUUGGUAUAGACCUCGUCUGGGCUUAGCAUCGAUUCCACACCAAGCGACCCAAUCAAACCCCACAAGAGAGCUUUUAAAAGAAACUGUAUUGUAAGAAAAUGCAUCGAAAAUGUUUUUGAAGACUGCUGCCAGCCUCCCGUCUCUUUAGAACCGGAGAGAUGAUUUACGACUGAUGACAUACGAGUUAUGGUAUGAAUCAUGUUCGUGGUUCUUCUGUCAUCCAGUUUUGAUUUAUUUCAGAUACCUAGUUUUCAUUUGAGGGAGCUUGAUGAGAACAUCAUGAGGGCGGAAGUCUCGUAUCUCUAUCAAUGACUGACUAAGCUAUAAGCUGCAGAGCAAACCCUUCACAAACUACAGUGCACAGCUCGUCUGUUAACAUAGAGUAGCUUGAUAACUCAGAGGAAGCACAUGUCAAGUUUAACCUCCCUCUGUGCUAGUACAGAUAUUAAUUUUGCGCUGAUCCCUGUGUGGUUUGUUAGAGGAGCCAAAGUCAGGUCCAGUUUGAUUUGAGUGAAGAUGUAAAGCGGAAUGAGUCAUUAUUUUGCCACCUAAGUUAUUUUUAGGAAAUGCUGAAUUUUGAUUUUUACCAUAGUAAAUAGCAGUCAUCAGUUAUGCAUGAAAUCACAAAUCACUGUGCAUACUUGUUUUGCCUUAAUAGCUUUACAUUUUGUUUUUCUAUUCUGUAAAUGAGAAAAAUAGUCAUUUUUACUGUUUUACAGGUGGUUUGGCCUACAGUGUUCACAGUUGCAUUAUUGUAGUUGUACUUUUGAGGUGUGCUGAUAUUUAUCCAUUACUUCAUCCACUGUCACUACCAUAUCAUUUAUCACAUUCAUUUAUCAGUCUAAUCUAAAUGGAUAAAUGAAUCCUUUGUUAUGAAAUAGAUGUUUACAGGCGUGUUUUAUUUUGCAUUUUACAUGUAAAGAAUGUGAUUAGAUUUUGCGUAAUAGUAUCUAUGCAAAACUACAGUGAUUGAUUUAGGACUGUAAAAUGAGACAUAAAAUGAACCCUUAUAUAGAGGAAGCCAAUGUGCAGGAUUCUUACAGAAUGCACAGUGAUGGUGCCAUGUUAUAUUUCUUUUGAAACGCUAUACAUUUUGCUUUCAGACUAGUGAUAGAGAAAAACAAAAAGGCUCGGUGAGUGUGACAUACAGUAGAAAGUCUCCUGGAUUACUCCCAAAGAUGUGACCUCAGUGUAGUUGAGAUAUAUAUAUUUUUCCAGACAAUUGAACUGCCUCUAUCCUAGAACAGCAUUGUUGAUGCAAUGAGAAUGUAUUUAGGUCACAUCUGUACAGCUGUGUUGUUGCCAUCUUGUCCUCAUCGCCUCUCAUCUCUAGCCUUUAUGUACUGUAGGACCAAAAAUCUUUCACCUGUUCAUUUUCUCCCAACAGAGGAGAUGUGGCUGUUUUAUAUAUGACUUUGCUUGUUUCCUUGACACUGCGGUGACACUGAAUAUCAGUUUCUUCGUCAUGCUCAUGUUGUGUGCUCCCCUCAUCGAGCUCAUGGUCUUUGGUUCUGCAUUAAUAUGGCUUCAAGCAUUUGCUCCUUUGUGUGUUUCUCAGUGAAUGGAUCCUUUGGAUUCACUCGCAACUGUAUGUCAUUAUUGCACUUUAUGCAUUUAUUUAAACCACUGAUUUAUGAGAGUUUAUACCAAACACCCCCUGUGACUGUUAUGUGCACUGGACCUGUUUGCCCUGUCUUUGAUUAAACUGCCUUCUUGUAAAAAACAAAAAAAAACAAAAGAGAAAUAUGAAAAAAAGCUAAAUUAUAGUUAUUUUUGAAACGUCUUAUAUAGAUUGUCUAUUUAAAAGAGCUGUUUUUCUUAAUCAGUGAAUAUUUUGUUAGCUCUCUACUGUUACACGGUUUUUCCAAAAUUUUGGAAAGCAUUUGUAUUUUGGGACAGUGGUGAUCAGAGCUGUGUCGGUCAUGUUCCUGUGUUGCAGCUCUCUCUGCUACUGACAGCAGGUUCGGGUAAAUUCAACUAAAUGAACUAUGUGUAUAAUUAAUCACUGAGUAGCAGAUUAAAAGUUUAUUAUUAAAAUAGUUUAAGAUACAGAUAUAGUGUGAUUUCUCAAAUGAGAACAUUCACAAAUUUGCGGGGCAUAUUAUCACAAUAUUGUGCCAGGUGAGAUCAAUAGGUCCCUGAAAUGUAUUUUAUGGAAUCCAUAUUGUAAUUCAGUCCAGGUAUAUUGUUAUUAAAAUGCCCAUCAAAUAGAGUAUAAUUUAUUUUCUAGGACACUAUAUAGCCACUUCCCAUCAAUAUUCCACACUAUGAAAAAGGCUAAUCUGUAGCUACUACAUUAUGUCUGUUGAUGUGUGUCAAGGUCCUGUUGUGCCAGCAUGUUUCACCAUUAUUCUCACACAGCGUGAAUCAAAAAUCUUCUAGGAAAUGUGAUCGAAUCAGCUGAAAUUAAGUUGUUGACCUUGACCUUUUUUUUUCCUUUUCAAAAAAUAUUCUAAUGUUCUGGAUGCAUCAUGUUUCUGACUUUUGAUGCAGUGGGGUUUUUUUUUUUUUUUUUUUUUUUGGCUUGUUAUUUUCUAUUUUAAUAAUUUUGUGACUGCAUGAAUCGCUGGACAUGUUCGCCCCUCGAUGGCUUGGGUUUUAUUUCCGUUAAAUGGUGGAUUCAGCUUUGUUUGUCUAAGUGUUUUGUUUUUCUUGUGUGGUAAAAUUGUCUUUUGUCCCUUUUGAAUUCAGAGUCAUGGAUAGGCUAAGUAACUGCUACGUGAAGCCUAAAAGCAUCAGAAAUAUGGUAAUCAGCCUUUUAUGCACAUGUAGAAGCUGUUGUUUGGUACUAUGUUUUACACUGCAAUAUACAGUAUGUGCUUAUUUUCUGUGCAACACACACAGUUUUAUUAUGUCAUGGUAUAGACUAGCUUUGUAUAUGGCUAUUAUAGGAACAAUGUUUUUCGUGCUCUAUGUGAUAUGAUGUCAAAGUGAGAAAAUGCACUGAGAAAUACUGUGCUGCAAUAUGUUAUUGUGGCUCUAUAUUCUCUGCUGGACCUCAGACUUUAUAGUGAGCCUGACAUCUUUGUAGGUCCACUUUAUGUUUUGAUAUUUCUUUGAACGUUCUUGUGGUCAUGUAGAUAGCUCUGACUGAUGUGUUGCCUGUUACUGCCACCUUUUUAUGCAUCAACGUUCAGGUAUCCAUUGGUGUUACACCAGUGUUUACAGAAACAAGAGUUUACAACAGAGCAAUGUUUGUUUUUCUUUUCAUAAGAUGUUUCAACUUAGUUCAAUACUUUAUCUACAAUAACAGACUACAUAUGAACCACUUGCAGUGUAGAUCAACUUUGAAUCAGUAAUGUAAUUUCAAUUGUACGACCGUUAUUAUAUUCUUUCAUCCCUGUGCAUUUCAAGGCCCUGAAAGUACUUUUUAUUUAAUUCACAGACUUUCUUUCUGCAGAAAUUCCCCUCCCUGUGUAUGUCCCAUUAUUGGCAGCGUGCCAGCAGACGUUUUUUAAGAGAGUAGGUACUAUGUAGAUUUAUUGGAUUUAGCUUUACAAAAAAAAUUGUCAUCAGCACUGUUUAUUCUUUUCUUUCUUUUUUUCUUUGUUAAAUCAACAGUUAAGCCAAAAAUCCAAAGUUCAAAACAGCCAUAAAUGAGAGAGAAUUGAGACAUCUUAUCCUCCUAACUGUUGAAACACGUUGUUUUUCAAAAUACUUUAUUGCGGUACAAAUUAUUUCAGGCAUAAUAUUAUCAAUGCAUUGUUUACAACGAACAUGAUUACUGAAAGUCUUGCAGCAUAACUUAAAGAGAUGUGACUGAUGUGUCCCGUCCACUACCUGAGAAAUCUCUUUUCUGCAUGAUACUGAAUUUCAAAAUAUGUCAGAAAAUACCUUGACAUGUUGUAUUUUGCUUUAAAUUAAGUAUUUAGUUUUGCCUUUGUUUUAUAAUUCUGCAGUCAAACACUAAUUUGUAGUGAAUACAACUAUAUACAUCUUGUCUGAGAAAUCACAUAGACAUACAGUAAGAAAUAACAUUAGAAAUAGCAGAUACAAACACUGUAUAGUCAGGCUACAUAUAUAUAUAUAUAUAUAUCCGUGUAUGUAUAUAUAUAUAUAUAUAUAUAUAUAUAUAUAUAUAUUGACUUUGUGACAUAACAUGUACACAUAGUGAAUCAGAAAGAUGAAAUGGAGACGUAAUCAUGUAUGGUCACUCUGUGGGUUAACCACAUCUAUGAAUCCUUUGUGUGCAUUUUGAGGACUGCCCACUGCUGGUUCAAGCCUCAUACAAUGGCAGCUAAAUUGUUACAUAAUGUAUUUUGUUUCAGAGUACAGUGAUACUAUUCCAAACACUGCACAUGCAUUUUACUGCCGUGAAGGGGUGCGCUAAGCUCCUAUAGUGCACCCACAGCAACAGGAAACAUUAUGCUCAUAGAAUAUGCAAAAUCUAGCGUUCUGCAGCACAGCUUGGCAAGUUGGUACUUUUUUUUGAGCUAACCCUUUAAAAAAUGACUGGUUCAAUCCUUCAAAUUGUGUGUUUUGUAAUUUCUGUCAAAUCGGACCAAAAGAAUCCAAGUUGGCUGUAAAUGUGUGCUAUAUUCAAAUGAAAUAUGCUUCUGUUUGAACUGUACCUGAUGUAUUUUUCUUGUGUGAAGGCUUAUGUCUUUGUAUCUUUGCAUUAUUAUUUGUAAAUGAAAUGAGAAUAAAUAUAUCUGAAUAAGCA